UCAUCGAUCGCAACUGUCACAGCCGGAGUCUUAUAAGGAGGAGCGAACGGCCUGUUGACUCUCCUGACGAUACGGCCCCGCAGGCGAAGCCAAUGUCUGGAGGUGACGAGUACGAUGACCUCCUGCGCUUUGCGCAUGCGGAGGCUGCCAAACUCAACCACGGUGACGACGACCUGGGGAAAGAUAAGAGCGGGUACUACCGUCCUUGGUUCGCACCUUGGGUGAAGCUGAAAGGCAAGAACAACAUGGAUCUUCAGGUGCCUGCAGACUGGCUGCGCACUGAGAUCUAUACCGGCUUGUCGUCUGGACCCGAGAUCGAGAGGCGCAGAGCCGUUGCUGGCUACAACGAGUUGGAGAGCCCUGACAAGAAACAAGUCUUGAAGUUCAUCUCGCGGUUCCGCGGUCCUGUUCUUUAUGUCAUGGAACUGGCCGUUUGUCUUGGGGCUGGUCAGCGUAACUGGAUCGAGUUUGGUGUUAUUAUUGGUCUCCCGUUCUUGAAAGCUAUGAUCACUUGGUAUCAGGAGAAGCGAGCAAACAACGUUGUGGCUCAACUCAAGUCUCGUAUUGCUAUGAGAGCGACAGUUGUCCGUGAUGGUUACGAGCAGGAACUCGAGGCUCGCUAUCUCGUACCCGGCGAUAUUCUCGUCUUAGAGGGAGGAAGUACCAUACCUGCGGAUGCAAAGAUCAUCGCGGACUACGCAGACAAGUGUGGUUCCCCUGUCAGUAUGGAUCUGUCGGAGUGCGGUCGUGGCACAUCGAACUUCAGCACAGCGUGUGGCAUCGACAAGGGUCCCACUGUCUGUACAGUCGACCGGUCUGCAAUCACGGGAGAAUCUCUGGCAGUGGACCAUUCCGUCGGUGACACCGUUUACUACACUUGCGGUGUCCAGCGCGGAAAGGUAUAUGCCAUGGUCACCGCUAGCGCGCCGUACAGCUUCGUCGGCAAGACUGCGCGACUUCAAGUUGUUCCUUCUGGUAACGAUGUCGGCCACUACCAGGUUGUCUUGAAUAGUAUCGGUACCGCGCUCCACGGCCUCGUCAUCGCAGUCAUCCUCAUCGUCUGGAUCGGCGCUUUCUCUCGGAACGUCGACAUCGCAAUCCAAGACAGCAGCUUGCUUGUGUAUGCACUGAUCUUUCUGAUCGCUGGUGUGCCCGUCGGAUUGCCCUAUAUCAUUAUCAAGACGAUGGCUGUCGGUGCUGCCUACCUGGCAAAGCGCAAGGUUAUCGCGCAGAAGCUCACCGCUAUCGAGUCUCUUGCUGGCGUCGAUAUUUUGUGCUCGGACAAGACUGGUACUCUCACGGCCAACAGGCUUUCUCUCGACAAGCCAUUCGUCGCGCCCGGUGUUCACCCCGACUGGCUCAUGGCUGUUGCGAUCCUCGCUUCGUCUCACAACACCAGGUCACUUGACCCUGUCGACAAGGUCACUAUCGUCGGACUGAAGGACUAUCCGGGAGCGCAGGCCGUUCUCCGGACUGGCUGGCACACUCGCAAGUUCACGCCCUCCGACCCUGUCUUGAAGUGUGUCAUGGCGGAGGUCGAUAAGGACGGGCGUAAUUUUACCUGCGCGAAGGGUUCCCCUGACGCCAUCCUGCGUUUGGAUAGCUUCGACCAGGACACCGUGGCUGCGUACCUUGCCAAGGCGGAUGAGUUCGCUCAAUGUGGUUUCAGUCCGCUCGGUGUCGCGUGCAAGGAGGAGGGCGAGCCCUGGAAGCUGCUCGGUAUGCUUUGCAUGGUCGACCCGCCCCGUGACGAUACGGCUGCUACGAUUCGCGAAGCCAUGAACUUCGGUGUCAGCGUCAAGAUGCUGACCAGUGACGCCGUUGCCACCGCCAUCCAGACGUGCCAGCAGCUCGGCCUCGGUACGCAUGUCUACGACUCGGAGCGUCUCAUCACUAGCGCCAUGCCGGGCUCGGAAGUACGCGACUUCAUCGAGGGUGCGGACGGGUUCGCGGAGGUUUUCCCGGAUCACAAGUAUCAGGUCGUUGAGAUGCUGCAGGAGCGUAGUCACUUGAUGGCCAUAACUGGUAGCAGGGUCAACGAUGCACCCUCGCUCAAGAAGGCGGACUGUGGCAUUGCUGUCAAGGAUGCUUCGGACGCUACGCGGAUGGCUGCGGACGUUGUUGUCCUCGAGGAAGGUCUGAGCACUAUGAUCACGGCUAUCAAGGUCGCGCGCCAGAUCUUGCACCGCAUGAAGGCCUACAUCAUCUACCGCAUUGCGCUUUGUAUCCAUCUUGAGGCCUAUCUAUGCACGUCCAUGCUCAUUUUGAAUGAGACCAUCCGCGUGGACCUCAUUGUCUUCAUCGCCAUCCUCGCCGACGUCGCCGCCGUCGCCAUCGCGUACGACAACGCUCCGUAUGAUCGAAGACCGGUCGAUUGGCAACUUCCCAAGGUGUGGAUCCUCUCGACUGUCAUGGGUCUGCUCCUCGCCGCCGGUACCUGGGUCAUCCGCAGCACUCUCCCCCUCAACGUCAGUACUAUCCAGGAAGCCGGGAGUGUCCAGGAAAUUCUGUUUCUGGAGGUUGUUCUCACCGAGUCUUGGAUCAUCCUGAUUACCCGUAUGGCUCGGAGUCCCAACUCAGGCCCGUUCGUCUGGCCAUCCUGGCAGCUCAUCGGCGCCAUCCUCGGUGUAGACGUCCUUGCCAGCAUCUUCGUUAUCUUCGGUUGGUUGUCCGUCGAUCCGGCUAUCCAAGGAGGGUUUGAUAUCGUCGCUGUUGCGAAGAUCUGGUGCUAUUCCUUCGGAGUUGUAGUUAUAAUCGGCCUUGCGUAUUACUUCUUGAAUAAGGUCAGGUGGCUAGACAACGUCGGUCGCCGCAAUCGCAGCCACAGGGACCCGAGGGUCGAGGACCUGCGCACUGAGAUGCAGCGACUCACAUCCGUCCAUAAGCGACAGUUCUUGUGAAGGACCAGUAUGACAUGACAUGAUCACGAACAGGCGAUGUACCAGUGUGCACUGUAUCAUGCGUUACUCUACCUAUGUUGAAGUCUUCUUUCUCGAUACGAUAUCUACUUACGUCUACUCAUGCUCUCGAGAUCUCAAUGGUUCCUCCCCGGCAAUCAAGCGAACCUUUAUCGAGUUUGUGCGAUGAGAGGGAAAGAAAUGACAAGGCGUGACGCGAAUUCUAGAGCUAGAGGCUA